AUGGCUGUCACUACUACUAUUACUACUACUACUACUACUUCUACUACUACUACUACUACUUCUACUACUACUACUACUACUUCUACUACUACUACUGCCGCUGCUGCUUCUAGUAUAAAUGAUGCGACAAGGCGAGUAAUAACCAUAGAGGAGACAGACGCUGGGUUUAUGCAGUUACGUUCGCUUGUCAUCAGCUACCUCAGCGCUACGAGUGGAUCCGGAUCCUGUAAACCCGACUCUAAUACGAUAUCAGAACUGAUCAAAAACACAGUCAGCCCGCACAUCACUACUCUAGGGAUGUGCGGCUUCAAAUUGACGACCGACCACGAAGUAUCGUUUCUAUCCGAAACUAUCGGCACAUCCCUGAUCCGGCUGAAUUUGAACGGUUCUGCCGGACUCGGCGACAUAAGUUUGGAGAUUUUGUCAGAGAAGUGUAGGGGGCUGGUUGAGCUGUGUUUAUCUGAGACUCAGAUAACAGACGCAGGAGUUUCGGCCCUAACGAAUGGCUGCCCUCACAUUAAAGCCCUUGACCUUUCCAAAUGUCCUAAACUGACCGACAAAACCAUAGACAGCAUAGCAACAAAGUAUUCAAAAAAUUUGAAAAAUCUCUUCAUAGACGGCUGUAGGAACAUAACGAAUUCGGCGCUAUAUAACUUAGCUGUCAGCUGCUCCCAGCUGAAACGCCUACACGUUUUUGGCACAGCUAUUGAUCAGCUGAUACCUCAGCUAAUUUGCUUGUAUAAUUUAACUGCUUUGAAGUGGCACCAAAGCGUGACGCAUCACAUGUUUACGUCAUCUGACAUCUACGUCAUCGUCUUCAACGUCACCCAGAGACAUUGUUUUGAAAAUCUGGCGGCAUAUUGGGGCAUGAUUAUGCACAGGGUACCUAACCCACAAAUGAUCAUGCUCGGUGUCGUCAGCAAAAACAACAACAAUAACAACAACAAGAAUAACAAGAACAACAACAAAAAUAACAAUAAUAACAAUAAAAGCAACAACAACAAAAAUAAUGACUUUAAACGAAUGAAAUCUGACGGACUAUAUUACAUAAGGGAAAAUCAGGCCAGAGCUAUUAUUAAUAUCAAUAAAGAAAUUACCCACCUGAGCUCCCUCUAUAAAGAUCCAAAAAUAGACUUGGAAAUCUCCAAACUAAAAACUCUACUCUCGUUCCGCCGACCAAUCACAGAUGACUAUCCAGAAUUUAUUUUCAUCCACCAUAAUGACAACGACGAUGAUGAAGAGGAUGAUGAUGAUGUUAGGCAACAACAAAUAAAUUACAUCAGAAAGGACAGCCUUAAACCAUUAUUCGUCAAUUUUUUGCAGUUCAUUUUUAAACUUAGGGAUGAAAACAUGACAAUAUUAACGCUGAAAGCUUUUGAAAAAUUAUACAACAACAACAACAACAACAGUAACAAUAACAACAACAACAACAACAAUAACAAUAAUAACAACAAUUUAAACCAAGAUUUCAAAAAAUGCCUGAGAUUUGCAGUUCAAAAUGGUUAUAUUAUUGAAUUUACCUUCAAACUGCCAGCCAAUCACAAGCGUCCUUUCAAACCUCGAAACUUCCAACGCCCAAUAGAAUUCCACCAUCAAUUUAUAGUAACAAACCCGUGCAAAUUCGUCAGAGUUACAAACGACCUUCACCUUGAUUACAUCAGCCAAUCAAACUUUACGAUACAUUCGAAUAAAUUUUGGCCGAAGCUCAUUGGCUACAAGGUUCCGAGGCCUCAAAUUUUAUUGGACGCUUUUAAAUCCAUAUAUAGAUUUGGGGUUUUAAGAGAAUGGAUCAUUCCGAUCAUUCUGCAGGACCAUAACAUUGACGAAUGUCAGUUAGCUCUUCUUCUACAGAUAUGGCAAAAGCAAUCAACUGGAACGUUCGGCCAAUCAGAGGCGACUUUCAGAUCACGUGGCGUCUGGAAUUCCCUAACUCAAUACCCUACCCCAUUAAACAGACGAUCGUGUUUAUCGUCUGCGCAAGCCUAUUGGCUAGAGAUUGCUGUCUAUUUAUAUCUUUUUGGCGCCAGGGGCUGCUGUUCAAAUGUCACCAUCCAUGCAGAGAGCGAAUCAAAACUCUUGAACAUUUCGUGCAGAGUCAACUCCGAAGAAUUUGACGACCCGAAUUUGUGCUCUGACCUAAUUUGGUGCUACCUUGCACCAAUCGUAGAAGAGUUUCGCGACCUAGUUCAACGGGAUUGGCCAGCAUUUUUUUAUAAGUCAUACUUAGUGCCAUUAGGAACAGCAUUGUACAAGGGCGAUACCAUUUCAAACGAGCGUAGUUUUUCAUUCUGGUUCUGCCUCAGCUGUUUCUCCCUGGGGUCAAAGGUCGCGUUCGUCGAUGAUAACAUUAGCAGGGAGCUAGAUUUGAAGGCUUUGAUACCGUUCAAUGUUGACGAACACAGCAGUAUGGAAGACUUACUAGCAGGCAUAACCACAACACGGCAAACUAUAAUAAGCCUGCUAACCAGAGAAGACAACGACGAUGAUGACGAUUACAACAAAAACAACAACAUCAUCAACAACAACAACAACAUCAACAACAACAACAACAUCAUCAACGACAACAACAACAACAGCAACAACAACAUCAUCAUCAACGACAACAACAACAGCAACAACAACAACGACAACAACAUCAUCAUCAACAACAACAACAUCAACAACAACAACAGCAGCAACAACAACAACGACAACAACAUUAACAACAAUGGCAGUUUUAAUAAGAGGCUUAAAUGGAAAGUACUAACGGAAUCAUCAUCACUCCCACUAACAACUGGAUCAUUACCAUCAUCGCGAGAAAGUUAUUAUCCUCCAUCUAAUUUCAACCCCCACCUACUCUCCAAAUCCAAAAAUUCCGAACCUUCAGCCAAACACCUGAUGAGGAAGUUCUACAGCCACCAUGAUGACUUCAUGCACCAAAACCCAUAUUAUGGGCGACGAAGUGCCUACCUCGCUUCGCACCCUCUCCACUUUUUCUGUUCGCACCUCAGAGACCCCAGGACCGACACAUUCUUUUUAGUAGAGAAUGAGGAAUUUCAAUACUCAAGCUCCCAAAGAUCUUCAUACUUCCUCUUCCGCCAGUGUCACCGGAUGAAAACUGUCUCCAAGAAAUUCUCAGACCUUAAGAAAACAUUCAAAGUCAAAACGUACCGUCACAAACGGGUCGAACACAUCACCACUCCACUCCACAGCUCAAAAUGGCGACCGAGAACCGACACCGAACGAGUCAAAUACGAAUUAGAUUCGCAAGAUUCGAUCGAUUCUCUCGGGAAUGUGUCCUCGAUUCGACAUUUGAUUCUCAGAACCGACUCGAAACUUCAAAUGUUACAGCUAGAAGAUGCAGAAUCGUUGAAAAAAAUAACCCAACUGUGCAACACCAUUAUCAAAUUGGACGCCUACAACAAAGAAUUUGAUGAAAAGUUUAAAUUGGAGCCACUAGAGCUAAAUGCAGAGUCACCAAACUCGCAAUAA